GGUGCCAGUCACGGUAUCGGCCUAAAGUGUUGCCCAUUUAUUAAAAACGCAUGUAAACCACACCGAGCACGGAGCGGAAGGCAAGCAGGCAGCCAUGUGCGUGCGCACCAUCACUCUCGUUUUGGCGUGGUGCGUGUCAGCGAGCGGUCGACGGUGUCUGGGCCCCCCAGAGGUCGUGCGUCCGCUCGAUCGCAACUUCUCGACGUGCGGCGGGGCGCCGCCGUCUGUGUGGCGCGACGCGGCGCCGUACCCGGAAACCUCGUGCGCAUUCUGCGCCGGGAACGCGGCGACGGCACAUCUACUCGAGAUCGCGGCGGAGCUUCGGCGCCUCAAGGCGCGCGAGUGCCGACGCCUCGUCGUCUACGGCGCCGCCUUCGGCACAAGAUUUUUCCGGCGGUGGCCAAAUCGGACGCUCGCCGGCGCGCGGACCGUGCAGGACCUGCACGGUGCGCACGGUCAGUGCUUUUUCAAGUUCAUUCUGAAGAAGGACGUGACUUUCGUCCGCAAGCGCGUCGGCACGAACACGCUUCGCCUGCCGCCGUCGCUCUUCGUUCGCACGAAUUUUCGCGUCGAGGGCCUCGAUUUGCUGGUGCCCCUCGACCAAGACGCGCUGCCCUGGCUCGCGACGGCGUCGCUGCGGCGUAACGUGAAGAUCCUCAAGAUGCUCGGGCAGCGACUUUUCCCUUGGACCGAGCGGCUCGUCUCCGCGUGCAGAAUUUUCUCUUUUUUCACUCGCGCCUCGCGUCCGCGGCGGCCGGCCGUCCCCAGUCGACGCAGGAUGAUACCGAGCACUAAAGACCUCAUCCCCUUUGCGCGCAGGCUCCUUUGGAUCGACGCGAAGCUCAGGCUCGGCGCGACGAACCCGCUCCGCUUGUUCGACGCGACGGAGGCGCGUGGCGCCUGCCUCGCCGCGGUCGGUCUCCCCUUUCACAACAACGCCUACGGCCCGGGCGCUGCGGCGAUGCGCGUGCCGUCGUUCUCGCGGCACGGUGCGACGGUCGUGCGCUCGCUCGCGAUGCGCCCGUUGCUCACGGACAACGUGCGCGCGGUCGAGGCGCAGAUGGGCACCUACGUCCGCGAGCACGGGUCGCCCGCGCUCUCGCGAGACCUCAUUGACAGCGCCUACCUCGUGCGCGACUUGCGCUCGCCGCGGUGCCGGUCGUUCAACGCGGCGCUCGGCUGCGCGUGGUUCGAGGAGAUCACUUGCUGGUCCGACCGCGACCAGCUUAGUUUUCCGUACGCGCUGCGGCGGCUGGGACUCUCCGCGACUGCGCCGCGCCGCCCCGCGCUCGACUCGGUCGUCGUCCGGAGCGACCGCGGAAGUCCCGUGGCCCUCAUCCUGCCGCCCGGCCGACCCUCCCGGGGCGAUGGACCCGUGCUUCAUUGGUACUACACGCACGCCCUUGCCGUCGGCAAGUGCCUUCCGUGCGUCCGCGACCGCCGCGAUCCGUUCGCAGCGUCGUUCGACGACGUCGAGAUCGCCAACGCCGCAGCUCCCGGUUCUCGUCCCUCAGCCUAGUAACGCAUACAUCUGCAU